CAUACGCCGAGGUUUCCGUGUGAAUCACUUCUCUUGAAAUAAACGGACCGAAAGCUGGUAAAGGCAGCUGCAAAUUAGUUGAUUACUUGCAUUUAACAAACAAACAAACCCCGCUGACCACUGGUGAUGUCACAGCUGCGCUCCAAAGUCAUUACCCUCUACAAGCACUUGCAGUACCUGGGACGCGAAUAUCCCGGCCUGAAUGGGCCGCAGAAGUUCAGGAAGCAGAUUCACGAUGCCUUCAUGAACCACAAGGAUGAGCAGGAUCCCAAGAAGAUCGUGGCCCUGCUGGCCCAAGGACGCUAUCUGGCCAAGGAGGUGGAGGCCCUGUACUCCCUAAAAAAGUACCGGAGUGUUAAGCAGCGCUAUAGCUACAAUGACUAAGCGGGCGGAACGAGAAGAAGGCGUGGCAGCGAUGCGGAAAUCGUGGCGAAAAUUCAAGGACUGAUGAUUAUGAUGAUCGGGGAGAGUACGACGGAGGAGGAAUCGUGAGAAUAUGAUAUGUUUGCCUUGCUUGUCGCACACAAAAGAGUACCACAUACCUAUAUAUAUAAUAUAUGCAUAUUGUUCGGCCAAAGCAAUCUGAACCCAAAACACACAACAAUAAUUUCGAAUGUCUUGUCAAUGUCCAACUUAAAGUUUGUUAUUGAGGCAGCCAAAAAAAGCGAAAAACGGACGUAGCGAAUAAACGAAGCAGUCAUUGAAUAAACCAAAAAAA